AGCUUUUUGAUCUGGUGUGAACCUGUGCGUGCUUCGAAACCUCUUUUUACCCCUCACCCAUUGGAGAGCGAUUUGGAUUUGGAAUGGCGGUGGAGUGAUUCAGCAGCCCACGCCUUCGUCUCACUGCCUCUUCCCUGUCCAUACCCGAAUGUGGAUCGAUCUGCUUUUGCUUGGGAGCGACCGAAUCAGUUGUUAGUACGGAUUUUUCGAUUUGAUCCGAUGGUAAAAAGGGAUUAAUCUAUUAGUUCGAUCAUUCUUUGCCUGCAACAGCCGAUGAGCUUAUACAUGACCUGCUGUAUAAGUACAGCAGCCUUUUUCCAGAGCAAUACUGAAACUUUCAUCUAGUUUCUGAAGACAUGGUUUACAGUAAACUUGCAGAACUGUUUUCCUCUACAGCAAAUCGUUUUUCCGGACAAAAGGCUUCUACUCCCCCAAACAAAUCUUCUGGAUUGCCGCCUUUUCCUACUAGUUCUCUUAAUGGGAAUCCCUUCUCCAACACAAAGAAGAUUCCCAUGAGACUGUCGUCGUCUCUUCAAGAUCUGUCUACUUAUAAUCUACUCGACUUAGAACGAGGCAACCCUAGCACUGGACCAGUACCACCAUAUCUCUUGCAGAAAGAUGAUGGCCUAUCGAGUUUUUCCAAGGAGAAGGCACCUCCCGGAACUUCAUCCAGACAGAAAAAGUGGGUACGAGUUAUCUGUGUCCUCAUCGGGUUAUUGUUGAUUGCUUGUCUUUCGUUUGCUCUCCGGUUUCUUUACUCAAAUUGGUCUCAGGAAUCCUCCAAGUAUUAUGUUGUCCUUGACUGUGGCAGCACUGGAACCCGUGUUUACGUUUAUCAGGCAUCUGUUAAUCACGAUAGAAACUACAAUCUUCCGAUUUUGUUGAAAUCUCUGCCUGAAGAUUUCCAGGUCAAAUCUGGUGCCCAGAGCGGUCGAGCUUACUCCCGAAUGGAGACUGAACCUGGAUUUGACAAAUUGGUGCGUAAUAUCUCCGGGUUGAGAAUAGCGAUCGACCCUCUCGUUCAAUGGGCGCAGAAACAAAUUCCGAGUGAGUCGCAUAAGACUACAUCCCUCUUUCUUUAUGCUACGGCCGGAGUUCGCAGGUUGCCGAGUUCAGAAUCUGAAUGGCUUCUCAAAAAUGCUUACACAAUUUUGAUGAAUUCGCCGUUUCUAUGUAAAAAAGAGUGGAUCAAAAUCAUAAGCGGCAUGGAGGAAGCUUAUUAUGGAUGGAUCGCGUUAAAUUAUCAUAACGGAGUCUUGGGAUCCCUUCCUAAACGCGAAACCUACGGUGCACUUGAUUUGGGUGGCUCGUCGCUGCAGGUAACUUUCGAAGGUAAGCAAAGUGGUCACGACGAAACGAGUUUGAAGCUGAGCAUUGGCCCCGUUAAUCAUCAUCUAAGUGCUUAUUCGUUGGAGGGUUACGGGCUCAAUGACGCAUUCGAUAAAUCCGUCGCUCAUCUCCUCAGGAGACUUCCCGGUAUCAGUAACGCCGAUCUUGCUGGUAAAGAAGUUGAAAUUAAUCAUCCUUGUUUGCAUUCUGGAUACAAGGCGCGAUACACUUGUUCGCAAUGCUCGUCGAUUAAGCUAGAGGAUGGAAGUUCUCCUGUCGGAGUCAAAGAAUCGGGGAAAGGAGGAAAGGUCGGAGUUCCGCUACAGCUUGUCGGAUCUCCAGACUGGGAACAAUGUCGCGGGCUUGCGAAAUCUUCCGUUAAUUUGUCUGAAUGGUCGGAUCGUAGCCGUGGAAUCGAUUGCAAGCUCCAUCCGUGCGCACUUCCCGAAAACGUACCCCGUCCGACCGGCCAGUUCUUUGCAAUGUCGGGAUUUUACGUUGUGUACCGAUUCUUUAACCUAACUCCCGCCGCAUCUCUCGACGAAGUACUCGAGAAGGGCCGUGGAUUUUGUAAAAUGGAGUGGGACGCCGCGAGAAAAAGCGUUGCCCCUCAGCCGUUUAUCGAGCAGUAUUGCUUCAGGGCGCCGUACGUCGUGAUUCUUUUGAGGGAAGGGCUGCACAUUCAGGAUAACCAAGUGAGUAUUGGUUCCGGAAGCAUCACAUGGACUCUCGGGGUUGCGCUGUUCGAAGCUGGAAAAGUUUAUCCAUACAUGGCGCGGUUUCGAAGCUACAAUGUGUUCCGGGUUAGGAUCAAUCUGUUUGUUCUUGUUGCCAUUUUGUUUGCCUCGCUGUUCGUCCUGCUUUGCGCGUUGUCCUGCGUUGGCAAGGGCGGGCUUCCGAAAUUCUUGCGCAGAUCGUAUCUCCCAGCUUUCCGGCACAGCAGUGCGGCCUCCGGGCCAGGCCUCAAUCUCCCGGCGCCUUUCCGGUUUCAGCGAUGGAGCCCGAUCAGUACAGGGGAUGGAAGGGCUAAGAUGCCGCUGAGCCCGACGGUGGCGAGCGGCCGGCCGAGCCCAUUUGAUUCCGGGCCGGGCUUUGGCGGCGGUGGCGGAAUCCAGUUCUCCGACUCGUCGCUGUACUCGUCGUCGAGCGGCGUGGCGCAUAGUUAUUCGUCAGGGAAUUUGGGGCAGUUGCAGUUUGAUAACAGCAGCCUUGCGUCGUUCUGGGCCCCGAACAGAACCCAAAUGCGGCUUCAGAGCAGGCGGUCGCAGUCCCGGGAGGAUCUCAAUUCUACGCUCGCCGAGGCGCACCUGGCAAAGAUUUGACGGGAAAAUUGAACAGGGAGCUACGAUUAUGUUAUGAGGUGAAGAGGAUAAACAUAUGGUGAACGGCGAAAGUGUGUACCGGUCAUGAGAUGUGUAUCUGAUAUCGUGGAAGAAAAGAUUAUAUGAUUGUUCUUCGCCAAUGCGAUACGAAAUGAAAAGAGUCGAUGCCGUCGUCGUUGUCGAAGGCCUUGGUGAAUAUGGAAGAAGUGAUUUCCCAGCAGAGUUGAAGAGCCUGUGAAGGUUUUUGAAGAGUAACUGCAGCAGCCAUAGCCAUUUCUGGGAUGCAUUGCUUGUUAUAAUGUACAGUUGAUGGAGAGGAUAUUAUUAUUAUUAUUACUGUUAUUACAUGACUUCUUCUAGAUUCAUUUUUCGGGGAGAUUUUUGGGGAAAUAUUGGUAAGUUUUAGAGUUAGAGUUAGAGUUAGUGUAGAGCUAAUAAAAUGAUCAUACCAUAUGAGAGGGAGAGACCUUUUUUCACUUUGUAGUUUUCCACUUCCCCAAAAUGAACGGAUUUCUGUCUUAUCUGUGUUCUAGUCAUUAAUUUACUCUUGAUUUUGUUCGUUUACUUA